GACCAGGUCAUCAGCCAGCUGAACGCAAAUUGGAUAUGGACACCGCAUUGGAUCGACUCUGCGGAGACCAAUACCGCAGGACGCAUCGUACAUUUCAAGCGCCAGGUCCAAAUCAGCUCACUCCCGGAGACUGCUGUUUUGCACUUUUCCGCAGAUACGCGCUACAAGCUGUACGUGAACGGAGCUCGUGUGGCUGUUGGACCAUGUAGAAGCAGCCCGUACAUCUGGUAUUACGACACUCUGGACAUUGCGCCUUUUUUGAUCGAAGGACAAAAUGUGCUUGAGUUCGCGGUUAUCCGCUACUUUGCUUCGUCCAGGGCUGCAAUGCCAUUCGAGCGAACGUCGUAUCCUGGCCUGACUAUUUGUGGUGGCUUCGUGGUCAAUGACCUCCUCCAUGAUCUUGAUUCGACCAAAGGGUGGCGAUGUUGGAUCGACGAUAGCAUCCGUUUUCCGACGGGACUUGUCGACGAUGGCUUUCUCCAUAUCAGUGAGCGCAUUACUUCAGCUCCGCAGGCUCCAACGUACGCUCCUAUACCAUAUGGUUAUAAGACUCUCAAUGGCGACAUCUUGCCGUGGCGACUUCGACCCCGCUCUAUUCCCAUGCCGAAGGAGAGUGUCGCAAAUGUACAUGCUGUUCGCUCAUGUCAAAGCGCACGCCAGAUCUCGGAUUGGACCGCCUUCCUGCGGGGAUCUGCCUCCUUGACGCUCCCAGCGAAGUCCUCGCAUCGGCUUGAAAUACAGGCUGAAGUCCACUCUACAGCGUUCUUGAGGUGGACUUUCGACGCCAGGCAGCAAUCUCAAAUCAAGAUGAAGGUUACAUACUCGGAAGGAUAUGAGCUAGAGCCUCGAUCCUAUCCAUUCUUUCGGACCAAGAAGGACCGAGUAGAUGCGAGCAACGGCCAUCUUCUGGGACCGUUCGAUGAAAUCAUUUUAGACAUCGUUCCGGGGCAAAUGAAUGUGUACGAGCCGUUUUGGUUCAGGACGUUCCGUCUGUUCCGUCUUGAGAUUGACGUUGGAGCUGAGGCUGUGGAGCUCAGCAAAUUUGAAGCGAAACAGACCAAUUAUCCGCUUGAUGUUAAGGCAAGCUGGCAGGACCAUGGAGAUCCUCAAUCCGAGAAGAUUUGGGAGGUCUCAAUUCGAACGAUGCGCAAUUGUAUGCAUGAUGCAUACUCGGACUGUCCCUUUUACGAGCAAUUGCAAUACUCUGGAGAUAGUCGCUCGGUCGGGCUGUUCCAUUAUCUGAUCUCAGGCGACGACCGAUUGAUGCGACAGACAAUCAACAAUUUCGCAUCUUCGAUUGGCUCCGAGGGCUUGACCCAGUCACGUUUUCCGUCUCAUGUAAUGCAACUCAUUGCCGGAUUCUCGAUAUACUGGAUCCUCCAAGUAUGCGAUCACCAUCUUUUCUUCGGCGACACGGCACAUUCCCGAUCCUUUCUCCCGAGGAUUGACGGGGUUCUCGAAUUCUUCGCUUCGUAUGUCGAUGAACGCGGCCUGGUUAGCGGCUUGCCUGCAGAUGUCUGGCAAUACGUGGACUGGGUGACGACCUGGGGAGCCACAGACGAUCAUCCAGACAAGGGUGUACCAACGUCUGGACGGAAGUCGAACUUGCAUACAUACUUCAGCUUGCUGUACGCGUACGGCCUGCAAAAGGCUGCGAAGCUUUUGAUCGAAGUUGGUCGACCUGCACAUGCUGCAGAGUAUGAAAGCCGUGCCCAAUCGUUGCAACGUGCAGUCCGCACUCACUGUUACGAUGGGUCCUUCUUCACGGACUCAACGUCCGACGUUGCAGGCGAUGAUGCGUACUCUCAGCAUUGCCAGGUAUUUGCUGUCCUUUCUGGAGCCGCCGAGGGUACAGAGAGGUUCCGGUUGCUGCACGAAGCCUUUAAUAAGCCGAUGUUCUCGAAGUGCUCUUACGUAAUGAGGUUCUACGCCUUACGAGCCUUCUCCAUCGCGGGCGAUGAGCUUUAUGAAUCCAUGUGGCAGCCGACAUGGGAGCCGUGGAGACAGAUGUUGGCCAAUAACCUGACAACAUGGGAAGAAGACGAUGUGCGGCAGCGCUCUGAUUGUCACGCCUGGGGAAGCGUGCCCAUCUACGAAUACUGCACAGAAUUGGCAGGCGUCCAGCCACUUGGUCCUGGCUGCAAGAAGGUGCUUUUCAAACCUCGACUGAACUUGAGCAAGGCGAUCGAUGCCGUUGUCGCCCUUGGGAAAGACAACCUAGCGAAGGUGUCCUGGAGCAUCGAUGCCAACGGCGAGAAGCAAGUACGAUUGCAUCUAGCGAAGGCUGUGGACUUGAGUAGUCAGCUUCCGGGAGGUGAUUUGAGGGAGCAUGGCAUCGUAUCCUCGCUCUCUCUUGUGUAUAGCUCUCGGACAGCCUUGCCAGUGCAACCGUAG